CCGGCGGCCGCUCCGCCCCGGAAAAGUCCCUCUCAGGCGCGGCGCGGCGCGUCCCGGUCCCGCAAAGAUGGUGCGGAAACUGAAGUACCACGAGCAGAAGCUGCUGCGGCAGCUGGACCUGGUGAACUGGGAGGCGUCGGGAGGGAACUUGGCGGAGGUGCGGGCGCUGCGGCGGUACCGGGUGAGCCGGCGGGAGGACUACGUGCAGUACAAGGCGCUGGCCCGCGCCGUGCGCACCCUGGCGCGGCGGCUCCGCGACCUGGGCCCGGCCAGCGCCGCCUUCCGCGCCCGCUGCGCCGCCGCGCUGCUGGAGAAGCUGUACGGGCUGGGGCUGGUGAACAGCCGGCAGUCGCUGGCCGUCUGCGAGAGCCUUUCGGCCGCCGCCUUCUGCCGCCGGCGCCUGCCCUGCCUGCUGGUGAAGCUGCGCAUGGCGCAGAACCUGCGCCACGCCGUCACCUUCGUGGAGCAGGGGCACGUCCGCGUGGGGCCCGAGGUGGUGACAGACCCCGCGCUCCUCGUGCCCCGCGCCGUCGAGGACUUCAUCACCUGGGUGGACGCGUCGCGCCUGCGGCAGAAAGUGCUCGACUACAACCAGGAACGUGACGACUAUGACCUGGCCGCCUAGGGCUGUCCUGCCUCACAGGACACGCACACCGAAAAGACCACGGCGGUGCCACCACGGGAUAUUCACACACCCGCAAAGGCAGCCGGAAGGAAACUGUGCGCUUCCAGUGUCAUAUUGACCUGCUCCUGGCUCCCUUUUACAGCUAAUGGUUCCAUUCAUCCAUACAGAGGAACAACCUUUACACAUCGACUGCUUCAAGAAUAUAUCCAGUGGCCCAGCUCCAUCAUCUUCCCUGGCAUGCUGUCCUGGUUUAGGGCAAAUUUUUCUUCUCCCCCCCUUCACACUCAGGUCUAAAGGUGCAAGACAGAUGGGGAUAUCAGCAUCACCCCAGGACACAUCUCAUCAUCAUCCCCAGUGUGCCCAGCUCCCUCAUCCUUAAAAGUGCAUCUCCAUCAUCCUUACAUCCCAUAAAGCAGAAGUGCUUGGAAAAGUCUGCCCAGUUGCAGGAGAGGAUUUAGGUCAGGCUUAAGUGCUUGGCAGCUUAAUAGUAGCUGCUGGAAGGGGUUUUAAGCCAAGCCAAGAGGCUGUUUUAAGACUGAGUUUAGCUGCUUCACUGCUCUUUUUUCAAGAGAUUGUCCUGGUUCCUCCUUCAGUUGCUGAAUGCACAGGAAUCAGAGUUACUUCUGGAAGGGUUUUCCCUUGAUAUCAAGGAACAAGGAGGGGAUUUCUGGGGGUCAGCAGUAAACAAGAAGGCCAAAUACCAUGUUUCUGGAACUGUUAAAAGUUUUAGCCAAAAACGGAAUUAAAAACAAAACAAACCAAAAAA